AUGAAGGCUACCAAGGGCGUUCUGGAAGCGUUGAGUCAAAGUCGAUGUCCUCUCGGCUUUGUGCUCAUUUCUAGAGAUGGGUUGAUUCAGCAGUUUGCCUGGAACCGCGCGGCGUCUGAAAAGGGCCUGGAGGGAGUGGGUGUCACGGUCAGACAUACACCUCGCGCUCUACUGCCUGAGGAAGAGCAACAGCAAGAAGACGAUGAGUCGGGGAAACCGAAGAAGCGGUUGGCCAAGUUCAAGAACGCGGGCACAGUAAAGGAUAUCCAGUUGACCUGGAUGGGAUCGCCCAUCUUUCCCGAAAGAGAGCAUCUCGACCAGAAGACAAUCGAACUCAUGCGCUGCAUUGGACCCGACAGUUAUGGUGACCCAUUUGUCCCUGGUGUACAGGUUCCGCGUCGAGGCCGUCAAGCGCAACUCGUUGAGGAAAAGAAGAAUGUACCUAGACCUCGUGGUCGACCAAGAACACUCUAUACAGAGAAAGUUCCGUCUCCACGCGGAGGCCAAAUCGCGCGUGUCCAGAAGGACCAUCGGGGCCGACCCAAAGGCCGGAAGAAUAGACCAAAGGGGGAAAAUCUUGUACCAGAAGAGGAAGAGCAAGAAACAGAAGAAGCACCGGAAGUAUCAGAGAUACCAAGAAAGCGGCUUGGACGACCUCCGGGCUCAAAGAACAAGCCAAAAGCACCGGUUGAUACCGGAUGA